AUAUAAUUUCAUAACGAUGAGAAAAUAUGAGCGCAGGAGGAGGCAAAGAGCAAGAGCUUGUUCUUGAAAGAUAGGCGAGAAAAUAUUAUAUGGCAACUCUGCAAGAAGAGUUCUCCAAUUUUCGUUCGUACUGGUUUGGGGUUCAAGUUUGAUCCAAUGACAGAAGAGAGGUCGACAGGCGUGGUGCGUUGGUUCAACGACGUCAAGGGUUUUGGGUUCAUCGCGCCCGAAGACGGAGGAGAAGAUCUGUUAUUCCAUCAGUCCGUUAUCAAGUCCGAUGGUUUUCGCAGCCUGGCCGAGGGCGAGCGUGUCGAGUUCCAGAUCGAGCUCGGCGUUGACGACAGGACUCAGGCCGUGAACGUCACCCGUCCUGACGGAUCUCCUCUCCAGGGUAACAAGAAGGACAGUUACGCCAGGUCCGGACGCGGCGGCGGGGGUUGGAGAAUCGGUUGUGGAGGAGAUAGGCGAAACGGUGGCGGUAGGGCCGGCGUUACUGGUUGUUACAAUUGUGGUGAUCCUAGACAUCUGGCCAGUGAUUGUUAUAAAGGGAACAUCGGAGGCGGAGGCAGCGGUUGUUUCAGUUGUGGUGAGGUUGGGCACAUGGCUAGGGACUGUCCUCAAGGAAACGAUGGCGGUGGCGGUGGCGGUGGUGGCGCAUGUUAUAACUGUGGUGGGUACGGGCAUUUGGCCAGGGACUGUAGAGGUGGCGGUAGUGGUGGCCCGUGCUAUACCUGCGGGGAAUUCGGUCAUCUGACUAGGGAUUGCCGCAACAUUGGCGUUUCCGGGAGGUUCAGCGGUGGCAGUGGGGGUCCCGGAGGAAGAAGCGGCUGUUUCAACUGUGGGAAGCAAGGGCACCUUGCCAAAGAGUGCCCGGACGCCACUUGAAUAAGAAGAAAAGAGAGUAGGAGGUCUCUCACAAUCGACGGGCACAGUUUCCAUGUCCUCCCCUAAAGGUUGCUGCAGUAUACAUUGCUAAAUAUGAAUUCUGCUAGCCGAUUGAUAUGGAAUGCAGUUAAGGAUGCUUGUAUGACCCUGUAACACUUUCUGGUGGGGAUGACACAUUCUUAUGGAAACAGCAGACGGGUGGAGGACAGCAAGUCAUUGGGUGAACUUAGCUUCCAGGUAAAAUAAAAUAGAUGUAUCCAUAUACAAUUAUGCAUUGAAUAUAUUUUUAAGUUCAAUAUGCAGUUAAUUCAUGGAUUACCUUUUCAGGCUGCAUGAGCUACUUUUUCAUUCCCAGAAGCCUUCUAACAUAUUGAUAUAGCACAUGCUCUCUCUCUCUCUCUCUCUCUCUCUCUCUCUCUCUCUCUCUCCCCCCCCCCCCCUCUCCCGCAACAUAGCUAUAAGCUAAUAGAGAAUUUUCGAAAAUCUCUGCCAAAGUAAGCAACAAUCUUCCACAUCACUGGCAUAACUAAGAUGAUUAGCUCCCAACAAUUAAUACAAGCAAUCUCUUUCUAGAGCACUAAGAAUGCAACCUAGCCCCAAAUCAACUCUAUUCCGAAAUGUAAUUGCUGUCCCACCUACCUUCCGAAGUCGGUGCCGGAAAGGAUUACUUUACUACUAGAGAUUUUCUUAAGUUGGAUUCUCAGAGAUGAGUACAAAAAACCCCAUCAACAAAGUACAGUGUCUAGAGAUAACGAUAGGGACAGAACACUCUUAAUUCAUGUACACGAUCAGGUGAAUCAAAUGCAUGUACAAGAUCAGGGGAAAUUAAAAAAACCGAAGAACCAACCCAGUUUUCUCUAUCUAUCUCUAUUCUCAAUUCAAUAUUAGGGGCAAUCACAUAAAAAAAAAACCCUAAAAAAUUCUAAUCAGGCCAAA